AACGGGAUAAAUAUAUGUUACAACCUAAUAUAUUAAAAUAUAAAAUCCACAAAGCCUGUACGAAUAUAUAGCUAAAGAAUUUUCAGAAAUUAAAAUAAUAUAAAAUUAAUAUUUUUUUAAUAUUAAUUAAUCAGUAUGGAGAAUUAAUAUUUUCAUAAAAUCGUUAGCAUAAUUUCUCCAACUGCAUAUCUUUAUGCUACAGGCGCGAACACAAUAACUGAAAAAUAUAUCAAUCCAAUAACUUUGUUUCCCACAAUUACCUACAUCUUCAUUCUUCAUAUAAAAUAUCUCGUGAGAAGUUAUUCACACAUGAAUGACAGUAUGCGUCCUCAUCCGAAUCGGAUGAUCCGAUGUGGUCCGAUCACAUACUCGAGGACGCAUUUUAAUCCAAUGCGAUUAAAGUCCGUUAAGCGAUAUCUGGAAACGCUUCAAAGAUCCCUCAGUCGUGCAGAAUCUCAUAGAUGAUCCGAGAGGCGCGAUCUCGUCUUCAUCCUCCUUCUCGUCGCGCGAGGAAGAUCAUCGAUGAGAGCGUCACAUAAAACGAGGUUGUCCGGUCGCUCGCAGAGUAACAGGAUACGCAAGCUACUGCUGUCGGAGUACUGCGAGCUCUCGGAGAUGAUUCUGGUGGAGUCGCCGUUCGCGGAGACCACGCGAGACGGACGUGGACUUCGCCAAGUUGCUCUGGGCCUGACGCCGACCAGGCUAAUCGUCGCCGCCGACGUUCUCCGGUCUAAUCCGGGCUUCUUCUGCCCGCCUGGCGUCGACGCCAGCAUCGAGAGCUUCGAGCUCGUGUCCGUGUAUCCGUUGGAGUACGUUACGCUCAGCGUGUUCAGGAGAAGACGUCGCAGGACUCUAAAGGCAAGAUUCAUUGACGGGCGAGCUAAUUAUUAUGAGCUCGGCGGCGUGCGACGCAGAUCCUCUUGGAGGAUUUGGUGCGAGGAAGUGCGACGAUUAUUGGAGCGUAAGAUGGAUGGCAGUUCGUUAUCCGAGACGACAGCAGCGAGCUCGUCGAGCAGCACCACAUUGUAUCUACUAUCAUCCGAGAUCGAAGUCAGGAGCAGUCGGGACGCAAGAUGCAGAAGGCCGAUGCUCAGGAUAUGGACGCGAUACGGAGGCGCCGGCGAUUACGUCGCUCCCACGUGGACCGAGAAGAAUCUUUAUCUGGGACCGUCCUUCAACGAAUUGAUGAACGGCCACUAUACGCCCGUUCCGGUGAGAUUCGCUGGUGCCAGCCUGGAGGAUCUCAAGUACGAGCUGGAAGAUCGUACGUCGCGUUACGUCGCUUGUGAGAAGUCGUGCCACAGCUGGCCGUGUCAGGCCAAGUCCGGCCAGGGGAAAUCGCAACGCACUGGCGGAUUGUGUAAUGUUCUCUAUGCAAGAAAUCGCAAUAGGCAUCGUUACGAUUACACGACGAGUUGCAAAAGUUCGCCUUGCAACAUUUGCCAAUUGGACGAAAGCGUUGGUAUCGAUAUUCGCGGACAGCACGGCCGGUGUAACGAACGCCGAGAUGUACUUCUCUCCGAGGAGGAAUUCGCGGAACACGUGGGAAGAAAAUCCGAGAGACAGGAGCAGCAUCCGGAAGCACCGAAAACAAAAGUCCUCAAGUCAAAAGUGUCGCGUUUCGGUUUCGGUAUACCGGAGAAAUGCCGUUCAGAGUUGAUUCUGGGGCCUUACCGCGCCGAUUCUAGCUACGUCGACGUUCCCGAGCACGCGGAUCGCCUCGUCGAGUCCCGUAAGUUCAUCGAGAACGGCGUGAAAGUUUGGGAGGAUCACUGCAGAACCCUGAAGAGCCAGAGGCAUCCUCGAAGAUACGCUCUCGCUUCAGCGGCGCAUUUCCUUUACGCGCUCGGACCGUGGUCAGUCCAACCCGGCGAACGUGAUUCUGUACAGACGUUGAGAUCGCCGAGUGCUGUCAAUAUACGUAAACAGCCCUCGGAUCCGGAACUGAGACUUCCGGUCUCGCGCCGCCAACUGACAGCCAGCGUUUCUUGCGCCGCCUUGACAUCCGGCGGAUCUAGCACCGUCACCAGAGGACGAGUGAUACUGUUCUGGACACCGGAAUACUGGUACAGGCCUCAGGCAGCUGUAAUUGCUUACAGAGAGCUGAGGCAUCACUUGGAGUCCCUCCAGCACUUCCGACGUGAGAAGGAGAAGCAGGCGAAGAGGAAAUUCUUCUGUAAACGGUGGAAUCAGAUUUCAGUGGAGAACGACAAAUCGGAAACUACAAUCAUGGGAAAAUCCAGCAGUCUCUUGGAACGUAUGCUUUCUAUAAAUGGCGCACGCAAGAAGAAUAAAAAGGUGAAUGAAAAUACGGAUGUGCAGCGGGGCACGGCGCAAUUGCGGAGACUAUUGCGAAUGAACCUCCGUAUCACCGUGUGGGACUUGGACAGCAGCGUCCUGGCCACGCAGCUAACGAUGAUCGAUCGCGAUCUCUUCGUGCGUAUCCCCGCGACCGAGAUCGAGGUGUUGAUCCACCAGAGAUCGUCGCGUAACGCGCCGAAUUUAGGCGCGUGGAUCGCCUUCAGCCACAGGAUUGCCUGUUUAACCGUCAGCGAGAUCCUUGCGAUCAAGCAGUUGGACAUGAGGACCAGGAUCAUGGCGAGAUUUAUCAACGCCGCCGACAAGUGCUUCGCCCUCGGCAAUUUUCAAUCCUGUAGAUCCAUUCUGACUGGUUUGCAAGCUCCACCGAUUUACAGGCUUCGAAAAAGCUGGUCCUAUUUGAGGACUCAUCACGCCAGCAGAUAUGAAAGGAUGGAGAAGCUGUCCAAGAUUUACAAGAAUCUAUGCUGUUCGAGAUAUCAAAAAGUUUGGGCCACAAAGGAACGGAAUCCACCUUCCAUGCCAUACGUCGGUCACUUUUUGAUUAAAGUCUUGGGAUUAAAUAAUUCUAAAACAAUUCAAGCGAAGUGCGCGCCGUCUUUUACAAGGAAACAAUCAAUCACGCGAAUCGCUGCGAUUUCGGAAUCUGCAGCCGUCCAUAAUAAUUCCAACGCUUUUCACUCGGAAAACGGACAGAAAUUGAUGGGACCCAAGCAAUGCUUAGCCCGGCGUAUUCUCACAGCAACCCUGACAAGGAUACGACUUACAACACGCCGUAAUGUUGCUGAUGAUACAGCGAGCGACGCUUGGACGUGCAGGCAGCAAUAUCUAGCGCGCAAGUUUCUUCAUCGUUGGAUCACGAUAGCGUUGGUGUCGAAGACGCACGCGGAAGGGGACCAGGCAAGCCUGAGAAGCGCAGACUCGACGAGGAAGCGCGUUCUCCACGUGGCGACCUGGCUGACGAACUGUCAGAGAUUCGCGCAGGGCUACGUUUUCCCCUUGAACUCGUUCGCGUGCGAAUUCCUUCUGAAAGCGCGCUACAGAGAGGACCGUGACAACUUCUUCAUCAGUCUCAAGCUCGAACCACCGAGAACGAAGUGACGCAUGUUCGUCGAGCUUGCGAUGAAACAAAGUGUAUCAGUUCAUUGUGGCGAACAGUAUCGAUUGAUCGUCUAGUCACGAAUGUUAAAGAUUAAAUGGCCCAUAUUGAGAACGCGCUUACAACAAUAAAAGCACCUCUAAAAGUUACUCAAAGAUUUCAGCCACUUGAUUGGCUGAGAAGCCUUAUUGAAGUUGCUUUUGUAAGUGCGUUUUGAAUAUAGUCAAUGACUUUUGGACCGCUCAGUAUUACCUUUGCAUAUGAUUCGGAUAUACUUUUACACCUGAAGUGGUACCGUGUCUACACGCACUUUGUACGAUUAUUAUUGCUAUAAUACUUUAAUAAAAAUGCGUCUUUGUAUAAUA